AUGGGGACGAUGUGCGUGAUCAGCUGGUACGAUGAUCCGGGCACGGGCUGUGGCCUGGCUGACGUGGCUGACGUGGCUGUCGGUGCUGAGGAUAUGGAUGGGUUACGGACGGCGAUGAAGAGGGUUCGAGAUUUGACGGAGGUGACUUUCCAGUGUUCCUGUAUAAGCAAACGAGGAAGUGGAAGAGCUAUGGUGGGUAGAUUAUGA